AUGGGUUUGGAUGGUGGCUGGAAGGAGUGGGGGAAGAAGGAUAAGGAGACAGAGAAGGGCACGAUCUGCACAAGAAGGCUGAAGAGAGCCACACUGAGAGCCUGCGCUGAUGGAGGUGCCAAUUAUCUCUAUCACAUCACAGAAGGAAGCCGGGACAGCUUCUUGCCGGAUUACAUCAGUGGUGAUUUUGAUUCCAUUCAGCCUGAAGUCAAGGAGUACUACAAGGUCAAGGGAUGUGAGUUAAUUGAGACCAUGGAUCAGGCACUCACAGAUUUCACCAAGUGCCUUCAGAUACUCCAGAAAAAGAUAGAGAAGAAGGGCCUCCAGAUCGAUGUGAUUGUGACUUUGGGCGGACUUGGAGGACGCUUUGACCAAAUAAUGGCAUCAGUGGAAACGCUUUUUCGUGCAACAAAUAUCACUCCUUUUCCGGUGAUAGUUAUCCAGGAGUGCUCGCUGAUUUACCUGCUUCAACCUGGCAAGCACAAGCUGCGUGUGGACACGGGACUGGAAGGUGACUGGUGUGGCCUCAUCCCCAUCGGGAACUCCUGCGAGAGCGUGACCACGACGGGGCUCAGGUGGAACCUCACUAACCGGGCGCUGAAGUUUGGAACGCUCGUCAGCACUUCCAACUCCUACGACGACUCCGGGAUUGUGACCAUUGAGACAGACAAGCCUUUGCUGUGGACAAUGGCUAUCAAAAUAUAAGAUCGGUUACAGCUGCCUUUUCUGAUCUGAUUCAAGUAACUGCAAAAUUUCACUGAAUUAAGACAGUAAAGCUGUUCCAAAAGAUAUAAGCAGGCACUAAUUUUAUGCACUGAAUGGAAGACAAAUCUGAAAUAAAAGUCACUU